CAUGACCAGAGUUACAUAUAUAAAUAAGGGGAAUGUGGAAAUAGUAAUUGGUUUCUUGAAUCAGUUUAUAUCAUAAAAUUAUUAUUCUCCUGAAGCAUUUACCAAAGAAGUAAAUAUCAAUUCAAUUUUAAGUUUAAUACCAUUCUUGUUUAGCCUUAACAUGAUUAUUGCAUUAAAUCAGAUACUUAUAAAUACUACCAUCCAGAAGUUAUUAUGAAUGAUACAUAUACCUUUAGAGAAUAUAGAGGUGUUGUAAAAGAUGCAUUAUAAUAAUAUUUUUUUGAUGUCUUGCCUAACGUUUAUCUCCAUAGAAAAAAUAAAGACAGUAUGUUUCCUAAUUAUUGAAGAACCUCAUUUAUUUAAACUACCACUCAAACUUACAUUACCAUUUACUUAUUAUGAUUAAUUGAUCCAUUAAUUUAAGGUUGGAUAAUGUAAUAAUAUAAUUAACUAUAGAAUCUUUAUGCUUAUUUUAAAAUUAUAAUCAUUUACCUUAAAGAUCAUCCUUAUCUCAUAAAAAUAGAUUGAUGACAAAUUAAAUGAACUAUUUGCGUGUUCUGCGUCAAAAUGGUGUUGAUGCAGAUUGUAUAGUAUCCAUUUUUAUUUUAAUAUAAGGCUAAUGCAACCUAUUUACCUAAAACAUAUAGAUUAUUCAAUGAGAAUGAAUGUUUGUAGUUUUUUACAUACAUAAAUUCACAAUAAUAUGAAGAUAAAAUUAAAACAGAUGGCCCUUAAUUUAUUAUAAAAAUGGGAAAGGAAGUACAUAGAGGUCGUGGGAUUAAUAUGUUAUUUUCUUAAGAGAAAGAAGAAUUAAAUAAGAAAUUUGAUAAAGGAGAAUUAUGUGGUUCAGUAAAAACAUUUAAAGUGGCUUAAUAAUAUAUUGGAAAUCCUCUUUUGUAUAAAGGACAUAAGAUUGAAUUCAGAGUGUAUUGGAUUUUGGCAUCCACUAAUCCUAUUAUUGCAUAUGCUUAUGAUAAAACUUUAAUUCGUAGAUGUAUAUAUCCUUUUGAUAAAUUUUCUCUAUUAAAGGGGGCUCAUGUGUGUAAUACAGCUAUAGUAAAAAGUACUUUGAAGAAAAUGUAGAAUGAAGAUGAUGAUGAUAAUGAUAGUGAUGAAAAUGAUGAUGAUGAUAAUAAUGAUGAAAUAAAUAGUUAGGAAGAUACCUUAUUUAUAGAUUGGAAAUUAGAUCAUUUAUAGGAUAUCUUAUUGAAAGAAGGUAAAAUUUAGAACAAAGAAUGGUUAUAAAAUGAAUUAUUACCUAAAGUGGAUAGGAUGAUUAUUCAUGCAAUCAGAAGCACUCAGCACACAUUUGCAAAAGAUAGUAAAUUAGGAGAAUUCUUUGCAGCAGAUUUCUUAUUAACUGAUGAAUUGGAUCUCCAUAUUAUGGAAAUUAACUAUAAUCCAUAGACUCUAAAUACAACUGAAUCUAGAAGAUAACAGCAUUUUAAGAUGGUUUAUGAUAUGGUAGAUAUUUCAAAUGCAUAUUUGAGAAGCAGAUAUAUGAGGUUUCAAAGAAUAGUUGAGAAAUUACUUAAAGAGUUGGAAGAAAAGAAGUAGAAGGUGAAGGAUUUGAUUACAAAUUAGAUUGGAUAAGAGAUUCAUAAAGCAUAUGUAGAUAGAUUGGAAUAAGGAAUAAGUAUUAGUUCAAAUAAUUUGUUUCGAUUGUUGAUGGAUGAGAAUUUAGAAGGAACUAAAAUUUAUAAGGAUCUUAUUUAAGAAAAGUGUUUAGUAUGA